AGGUUAAAGACUGGUGCUUGGACCACUCUCCCCCAUACCUCUGCCUGAGAUUUCAGCAGAGCAGCCGCUUACCUAUAGUUGCAGAGGCUGGUGCCCUAGAACCUAGUGCCGAGAGACAGCUGACCUGACGCCUUGAUGACAACAGCAUCUUGUAUCCUUCCGUCUCAAGCUAUCCAGCAGGAUAGUAUUUAUGGAAUCUCUCAAAUAACUAACAGCCUUUUUAUCAGUAAUGCUUUGAUCGCUAACGACAAACUCACCCUGUCCAACAACCACAUCACCACGAUUAUCAAUGCCUCGGAGGAAGUAGUGAACACGUUCUUUGAAGACAUUCAGUACGUGCAAGUGCCGAUAAGCGACGCUCCCAAUUCCUACCUCUAUGACUUUUUUGACCCCAUAGCGGAUCACAUCCACGGCGUAGAAAUGAGGAAUGGUCGCACACUGGUGCACUGCGCCGCAGGAGUGAGCCGCUCGGCAGCCCUCUGCCUUGCCUAUCUCAUGAAAUACCACACCAUGACCCUGCUGGAUGCGCAUACUUGGACCAAGUCCUGCCGUCCCAUCAUCCGUCCCAACAACGGCUUUUGGGAGCAACUUAUUCAUUACGAAUUCAAGCUAUUUAGUAAGAAUACUGUCCAUAUGAUCAACUCUCCUGUGGGUCUGAUCCCUAACAUCUAUGAAAGGGAGGCCCAAGUAAUGGAGGCAAUGUGAGCCACCCAUCCCUCCCCUGACAUCUGCAUUGGCUUCUACAUCAAGAUAAAAGAAUGACCUUGGACCUUUAGUUGUUUACAAAAACCAAAAAAGAUGGAGAAGAGGGCUUGUAGAUGGGGGGGAAAGGGGAAGAGAAGGGAUUGGAAUUUUUAAAUGUCAUAUCUUCAAAUAAAGUUAAAUGUAAGAUGA